AUGAAGAACAAUACUUGCAUGGAGUACAAAAAAAUGAAGCAUGUUUCCAAUAUGGGUUUAGCAUUGAAGAAAGGUGCAUGGACUGCCGGAGAAGAUACGCUUCUCAGAAACUAUAUUGAAAAAUAUGGUGAAGGAAAAUGGCAUCUUGUUUCUAUGAAUUCAGGUUUAAGAAGAUGCAGAAAGAGUUGUAGGUUGCGAUGGUUGAAUUAUCUGAGGCCAAAUAUAAAAAGAGGGGAUUUUGAAGAAGAUGAAGUUGAUCUCAUACUUAGGCUUCACAAGCUUCUAGGCAAUAGAUGGUCAUUGAUUGCUGGAAGAAUACCCGGAAGAACAUCGAAUGAUGUGAAGAACUAUUGGAAUACCCACCUCCGCUCCUAUGCCAAACAACAAAAGAAAGAACCUGAAGAUGCUAAAUCAUCAAAAGAUUGCACGAUGGUAACAAUUAUCAAGCCUCAACCACAUACAUUAUCCAAACCCCUAUAUUGGUUCAAGGAUGACAACCAGAUCGUGGAAACUCAUAACAAUGGGACUUUAAUAAGAUCAUCAAAUGAUGGUGUCGAUAACAACUAUAAUAUGUCCCCAGGGUUAAUCUCGUCACCAACAGUAUUAGAUAACACGAUUAACGGGUUCUUGAAGGAGUUAUUUGAUGAAGGGGAAAAAAUAAUUGACAGUGAAAUUGGGUGGUCAUUUGAUGGUUCUCAAACGAAGGGGGAGGCUUUAAAUGUUGCCGAGGACAACGAAAAUAGUUUUUUUGAUUUCUCUACUGAUGAGGUCAUGUGGAAUUUAUUAGAUUCAGAGCAACUAUGA